GGUUUGAGUGCAUUAACACUUUCUGUCCUGGAUCCAGGAUUAAACAGCCUUUUUUAGUCCAAGCUACUGAACGGUAUGCGAUUUGGAAACGUUUUUAAAGUUGAUCCUGCCUCAGACUGGGUUUCCACAGCUAACAGAAGUUGCUUGUUUUAAUUACCGCUUUAUUACUAGUUAGCUACCCUGCUAAUAGUUUCGGGGUAACAGCUACAAGAGUUUUGUUAGUAAACGACGCGGGAUCUGCUCCUUCCAUGGAUUUAUUCACACCGUGAGACACUUUUUACAUCUCAGAAGGCAUUAUCUCCUGAAGCGGGUGGAAGAUGACCAGCACUUUAUUGGACGUACAGUUGAACCUUGAGAUUAACCCAAGCAGCUCGACUGCAGCUCAUGAGAAGAAGGAAGUCGUGUUCGCCGAGCCGCACACACGCUUAUCAGCUUCAGGAAGAUCUCAGGAGGCUCAGAAGGUCAUGGGGCCUUUAUCGACACCGACGAAGGGCUCGUCAGAGGCGCCGGGAGGGGAACCGUGGACUCCGACGUCCAACCUGAAAAUGCUGAUCAGCGCUGCGAGUCCAGAAAUACGCAAUCGAGAGAAAGAGAAGAACAUCGCAGACGAAACAGAGAACUCAUCUCAGGAUACUGAACAUGGAGAAGAAGCGGAGAGGUUGCAGCUCAGCCGAAAAGAGAAAAGCCUUGGGUUGCUGUGUCACAAAUUUUUGGCUCGAUAUCCAGAUUAUCCAAACCCAGCUGUGAACAACGACAUUUGCCUGGAUGACGUUGCUGUGGAACUGAAUGUGGAACGGCGGCGUAUUUACGACAUCAUGAAUGUCCUGGAGAGCCUGAACAUGGUCAGCCGCCUGGCUAAAAACCGCUACACGUGGCACGGUCGUGCCCAGCUAGCACACACACUAGCACUGCUUCAACGAGAGGGAGAGAAACACCACUAUAGCCAGCAGAUCCAGCAAAUACGGCAGAGACCCGCAGAGGACGUGCUGGAGAUGGAGGGAGAGGAGAAAGAGAAUGAGGACACCGACGGAGAAAUCACGCCGAGGGAGCCAGGCUUCAGCGAAACCUCCGUGGACGCUAAAGGGGCUAGCCGUAAGGAUAAAUCCCUGCGUGUGAUGAGUCAGAAGUUUGUUAUGCUGUUCCUGGUGUCAAGUCCACGUGUGGUGAGCCUGGAAAACGCAGCCAGGAUCCUAAUCGGGGAAGACCAGGUGGUGGACCAGGACAAGAGCAAGUUCAAGACAAAGAUUCGUCGUCUAUAUGACAUCUCGAAUGUCCUCAGUAGUCUUAAGCUUAUUAAGAAAGUGCAUGUGACGGAAGAACGAGGAAGAAAACCAGCAUUUAAAUGGACCGGACCAGAGAAUCUGUCCUUACAGGGUUUGCAGGUUGAGGCUUCUUCCUGCCCUCGGCCGCUCGAAUCCCGCUCGUCUGUAGAUAACUGCGCUAAAAACCUGUUCUGCUCUCCCAGCACUAAACGAGGCUUCACACGACAUCACUCACUGGUCAAACUGGCCAAAAGCAUCCAGGACGAUCGCAGGAAGAUAAACUCUGCUCCAUCAAGCCCCGUUAAAAUCAUAAGUGACGCGGUUACUGGAAGUUUCUACACCAGUAAAAUGGAUCACCUUGCUGAGAUUUGUAAAAUGCAGCUGGACCAGCAAGCUGUGAAUGUUCAGAAACCGAGCGAUCUGAAAGAGGCUGCUCACUUACCACAGAAAAGCUCUGUGUCGUCACCCAUUCCCCCUGCGAUGACGCCUGGGGUGGAGGCCCUGUGUCCCCAGACCGUGCAGUUAUCGUUUGCGCCUCCUCCUUGCUGCUCCUUUGUUCCCGUGCUGGUUCCCCAAGCUGUGUAUGUCAGCCACACCCCUGUCCGUCCUCGCCCUGUUGCCAGGCCUCUGCCCUCCAGCACCGCUGUACGCUCCAUGACCUUUGAAAGCCCCAGAGGAGCGAACACUAAGGCGUCACCAGCGUCUGUAACGGUGACAGGCCAGAGGCGGCGGCCUGGUUACGAGCCGGCGAGUCCUGCUCUGAAACGGACGUGUUUAGAAGGAAGUCCGGCUAAGAUUAAACGGACCGAAACGAACAUGAAGAGCUUGUCCCCUAAGCUGUGUGAGAUCCUGCAGGCUCGUCUGAAAGAUCAUAGAGGAGCCUUGAAUUCCAGCCGUGCCUCAGUGAGAGCUCUGCACCUCGAACCUGAAUUUAAGCAAAAAAAACCCCAUAAUAAUCCUGACACCGUGGAGCACAGCAUGGAGCUGCAGUACUUCCUGGAGACAGAGGAGCGGGAAGAGAAGGUGCAGAACCAGACCACACCCACUGUGCAGGAAUCGACUGGACACACAAACACAGAGACUCUGAUCCCUACAGGUUAUUUGAUUCCAAUUUCCCAACAGUCUCUGCUUGGCUUUAAAGAGACUCCGCCCUCCAAUGGAGAGACAAAUAAAACACCAACAUACAUCUAUCGCACACCAACUGCAGGUUCGAUAACACCUUCUCCUCAGGAGUUCACCCCAUCUCCUCUACCGGUCCAUCACCCCACCCACCGGGUCAGCCCAAACCCGUCCAUCCUCAACUUCACCCUGCAGAACCUUGCUCUGAUACACAACCCACACAGCACCACACACACAGCACCGGAGCCGCCGAGCCCUGUACCCUGCACACACACGCAUGCUCACACACCGCUCCAAACGCACGGCAUGAUCUUCAUCAAGCCUGUCUCACCACUCACACUCAUCAGCCUGCAGCAGCCGACCCUGACCACGCCCAAAAGUGGCUCCGCCCCUCAGCAGUGCUUUUUCCACACACCAGUCUCCACCAUGGUCACGCCCACUCCCAGUAAGAGCCUGUACAUCCCUCAGAGGAAGCUGGACGUGAGCUCAGAGGAACACUGAGAUCAUCCAACAAUGACCACUAAAACCUCUCAGCAUGGCUGUUUAAUUAUCCGAAUGUUUUGUAGCUUUGGCUUUACCUUCAUGAGUUUCUGGGUCUGAUUUUUCACUCGAACUGUACUGGAAAAAACAGAGCCAAGUAUGUCUGUGUUUGUGUGUGUGUGUGUGUGUGCAUAAGUCUCCAAAUAAACUGAUAAACUUGACCUUAACAAUGACGUGCUAGCAUUCUAUGGUUAGUUUUGUAAAAUGUUAUAAUGUAUAAAAGAACAAUUGUGUGUUUGAUUUAAGAAAUAAAUGUGAGCCUUCUGGGCCGUAUGGGAA